AUUUACAGAUUAGAUCAAAAAUCAAAAAUAAACAGAAAAAAAAAAAGAAGCUGAGUAAAACCGUGCAGCCCUGAACUUCGACGCUUUCUCGUCUUUCAACCAAUCCGUUCAACGCUAAGCUUCAUCCCUCACUUUCUCCACAGAUCCUUCGUUUCAUCCUUCAUCUCCCUUUCUUAGAUUCCAUCGAUCACCCAACAGAACCUCCGAUCUGCCCCCGUUACUGUUGGAUUCUCACGAUUUCUAGGGUUUGCGAGGUGCCCCCAAGGUUUCAAAAGGGGUACUUGGAUCCUGUAGCUGCUUAAAUAAUGACCUCUAGCACGACAGGAGAUCGAAGCAGAUGGGGUACUACAAGAAGAAGUGGCAUGACUAUAUUGGGAAAGGUUGCUGUUCCGAAACCGAUUAAUUUACCAAGCCAAAGGCUAGAGAAUCAAGGCCUUGACCCGAAUGUGGAAAUUGUUCCAAAGGGAACUCUUAGUUGGGGCAGUAAAUCACCACUUAAUGCGUGGGGGACAUCAUCGCUGUCACCACGAACUGAAAGUGGUCCUGGUUCACCAAGCCACCUUAGUAAUCGCCCUUCUUCUGGAGGAAGUGUCACUCGACCUUCAACUGCGGACAGUGACAAAGCGCAUGAUUCUUCUUCUACUGCAUGGGAUUCAAACUCCCGGCCUUCAUCAGCAUCCGGGGUGUUUCCAUCUAAUCAGGCAUCAGUUGCACUACAACGUCCACAUAGUGCAGACACGAGACCUGGAAGUUCCCACUUAUCACGAUUUGCUGAAUCCGUGUCAGAGACUUCUGCAACAUGGGGUCAACAUGGCGAUACUCCAGCAAAAAAGGAUGGAUUUUCUUUGACUUCUGGAGAUUUUCCUUCUCUUGGUACUGAAAAAGAAAGCACUGAAAAGAGCGCAAUGCCACAAGAUGCUGGACCUGGAACUCGUCCUGCAUCUUCGUCUGGAAGAUCUGCGGAAGAGCGCGGUGUGGAUUGCACACAAGAAGCUAAUGUACGGAAUGGAGAUGACAGUGCCUGGAGAAGAGAUAAUCAACCAUACAGUGAAAAUGAAUCUAGAUAUUGUAGAGAGGAAGGGCAAUUGGACUCCCGUGGUUUACAACCUUAUCCCAAUGCGAAUUUCCCUCAUCAAUAUGAUGCUUGGCGAGGUCCUCCAGUAAAUAAUCAUCAAGGUGGAAGCUGGUACAGAGGGAACCAACCUUAUGGUCCCCCAAUGGGUCCUGGGGGAUUUCAUGUGGAUCCUUUUCCGUUUUAUCCUACGCAAGUUCCACCUGUUCCUGGACAUGAGACUGGUCCUCGGGGUAAUCACGCUAUUAAUGAAAAGAUGUUCAGGCCUCCAAUCCUUGACCCUUAUGUCCACCCAAGACCUGGGUUUUAUCAUGGUCCAGUGCCACGUGAAGGCUACUAUGGUCCUCCCAUGGGGUAUGGCGGUCCUAACAACAGAGACCUGCCUUUUGCAGGGAGGCCUGCUGGUCCUCAUGCUUAUCACCAGCACCCUGGCCAAGGUAGAUAUGAUACGUCUGCAAGUUCAGUGGCUUUGGAACGGAAUGAGCCAUCACAUUCUCAAGAAAGACAAUACAAGAUUCUCUUAAAGCCCCAAGAUGGGAGGUUAAAGGAAGAUGAAGCAAAGCGGGAAGAAUUUCUAGGAAAUAGGCCCUCGACUGCAGAGAAAGUAGCUCCACACAUGCAAACUUCAAAAAACAACAGGAGAGUAAACAACAAUGAGACAAGUGGUGAGGUACAACCAAUUACGGUAGAAAAUGCUGCCCGCGAAGAUCCCAGUUUGAUUCAGAAAAUAGAGGGCUUAAAUGCAAAAACUACACUCAAUUCUGGGACCUCUGCAAAUAAAGUUUCAACAAGAAUGCCUCGAAGUGGUCAUGCAAGUGAUAGUCAGAACUCAUUACCCUAUAAACAAGUUGAUCCUGCCACCAACAAAAGCGCCGAGCUGGCAGCUAUUAGUGGAACUACCAUAUCCAGUACCUACAGGAGAUCUACUCAACAGACUCAAGGUGGAGCUGAUCAUCAGGCCAAACAAAGAGUGAACAGCGGAGGCAAUGAUGGUUGGCGGAAGACAGCUGUUAUGUCAGGCUCCUCUGCUGUAACUUUAGCUCCAAACCCAGAAAGAUUUGCUGAGAUAAAUGUAGGUGACACGCUGGACACCGAUUCCAUCGGGAAGCCUGGGUCUGGAAUAUCUGUGGAGCCAAACGACAACCAGCGUACUACAAUGAGAGAGUUAGCCAGACAGCGUGCUCAACAGAGGCAAAAAGAGGAGGAAGAAAGAGCAAGAGAUCAGCGGGCUAAGGCUCUUGCUAAACUAGAAGAAUUGAACAGACGUUCCCAACUGGCUGGGGAGGGUUCAGUCAAGAACUUGGAAGCUGCGCACAAUGCUUCUACCCCUGACAUGCCAGAAGUUCCUCUGUCACAUUCACCUGCAUCACGGGAGAAGAAGACCACUGUUACAGCUGAAGAUUCUAUAGAAGUCACUGAAGAUUCAGGAAAAACGUUACUGCCUUCACCAGAAGAUGCAAAUAAUGAAGGCUCUACUCAACAUGAUAACCCUCCACGUCACCAUGAUGGCGCUGCCUCAAAACAGAAACGCUUGGGUUAUAAGCAGAAGCAAAAUAUCGUAUUUGAGAAAAAAAUGGCGGGGAGCCCUUUCUCUGAAGCUACCACAGAGGUGGUUGAUGUUGUUCCACCUCCUGAGGUGUCAAACGAAGGUGUUCUAGGUCAUAACUCAGUCAUGCCAGCAGCGUCAAGCGUUUCAACUGAGUCAACUAACACGAAAAGAAAAAAUAACAGGAAUGGUAAGAAAAAGCACAGGGCUGAGGAGACGACAGCAAUGAACCCGACAAGAGCUACCGUUGGAAAAGAUUCAAAAUCCGGAGAUGAGUCAACUGAGAUUGGUAGGGAAAGGGCACCAGAAAUGGAGUUUGGGUCUCUUUCAGUCCCAAGCUUGGAUAUUAAAGUGUCUGGUAAUUCGUCUGACCAAAUCAGUUCCUUCACGAAUGAAGAGUCGCAAAGCAGAGUAAAACACAACUGGAAAUCUCAGCACUUGCGUAGGAAUCCAAGAAACUCAGUGGGAAAUAAGCCUGCAGAGAAAUUUUCUGGUAGCAGUACUGUUAUUUGGGCCCCGGUACAUCCACAGCAUAAAGCUGAUAUCUCCACAGAUGCAGGCAGUCAGAAAACUGUUCCUGAGUUUAGCACCUCUUCGAAGAGUCAGCAUCAAGGGCAGACUAGUUCUAAAAGCAAAAGAGUGGAGAUGGAGAGAUAUGUAGCAAAGCCCAUAGUAAAAGAAAUGGCUGAGCAAAGCGUCAGUAAGAAUCCAAUAACGACUGCCCCAGAAAUGACAGAAAAUGUUCUGCAAAAAGAAAACUGUGGGGGUGAAGGUACAGGAAUUCUCCAACCUUCUGGUUCAACUGCGGGGAAAGCUGGGUCUCCUUCAAAGUCAAGACAUGGGAAUGGUAUGCAGGGCAAGCAUGGUAGAGAUCAUGGAUCAUCGCACCAGCGAGGUUCUGUAGCUUCUACCAAAGCUUUGGAGGAUGGACAAUUCCGUGGAACAAUGAACUAUCACAGAAAUAACCAAACUGAACAAAUUGCUGUAGGCUCUUCUAAGGAUCACACCACAUGUAAUCCUGAUGGAUGGAACGAUGGCUGGUAUAUGCCUCCUGAAACGCAUUCCUCUGCGGCUGAAGAAGUAGAAGCAAAUGGUCCUGGAACCGUUGCUGUUGGAAAAGAUCAGGGAAUGAGCAUUCACGGUAAGCAGCAUGCUUCCAGAAGCAACAAGGAUGGAGGAAGUAACUAUAGCGACCCUAGAAAAGCGAAUAAGAGGGAUCCCAGUAAAGCUCAUAUGCAGCAGUCUGGACAUGGGGUAGGUCAACAAGAUCUGCCUGUUGCUUCAAAAGAAAGUCGUGGCCCUGAGGAUCAUGUGUCGCACACAGCUGUUAACUCUAAUGUUAAUAGGGGAGGUAACCAUGGUGGUCGUGAAUACACGAGAGACAAAACUUAUGUAUCUCAGAAAAGGGAUGUUGCUGGAUACGGACAUCAAAGAUUUGCUUCAGAACAGAAAAUGACAUCAGCUGAUACACCAGCCCAGACUCAAAACCGAUCUACCACUAAGGAGGUCCAGGGUGAGCAUCAUCCGAACAGCAUGUUCCAAAAGAACACAGACCAUAGUCAUCGGUUUGGAAGAGGGCAUCAUGACUCACAAGGAGGUUGGGGCUCAUCGGCGCAAGAGAAUAUGAACCACCAUCACCAUCAGAGGCCAGCUUCAAACAGAGAUAGACAGAAGCAGAAUCUGCAUUACGAAUACAAGCAUGUUGGCUCACAUACUCAUGAUGGAGAACAACAAUUUAAAGACGGAUCUCAGGCAGAAGGUCCACCAAGAUACAGGGAGAAAGGACAGGGCCAGCAAAGGCAUGGUGGACAAAAGAUGUACCAACAGCAAAGGGGUAGUGCUGGGAGAAACACCGGUCAUGGAUUAACAGAUGAGAGGAACUAAGAUUUGGCAUCUAUGUUAUUAUAGAUAGUAGUAAGAGCUGCGUAGCUGAGGCCUGUUGCAUUUUGAGAUAUGGCCAUUGAAGGAAGCUAUUAUUUUGUAGGGCAGGGGCAUAGCCUUUAGGUGCCUGCCAAAGGAGGAGGAUUCUGAGGACGUAUUGGCAGAUAACAAAGUCUAUGCUCGAGGGUCGUGUUAUUAUGUAUGUCAGUCACUUAUUUGAAUAUGCAUCUCAUCAAACUUUAGCCUUUUGGUGUUACAUUUGCUGGCAGUUGGACUGACCUGUUUUGUUAAGCCGUUGCUGGUUGUGUUGUUUGUUUCUCUUUUUGUUGUCGGAGUAUGUGAACCAUUUAACAUGACCUACUUUUCUUUUGAAUUCAAUUCCUUUUUUCUUA